AUGAAUAUCCUGAAUAAGAGGUAUUGCAAGGUCCUUCAUGGACAGCUUGCAAACCAGGAAGCAAAAAAGCAAAAAGGGAAGGCAAAAGGAAAGUUGAUGGGCGACGGUUUGCCAUGUUUCCUUUCUGGUGAUGAGUUCUAUGAGAAAGUUAUUGAAUUUGAACAUGAGCAGAAAAAGUGCAUUGCUGAGAAGAUGAGGAAAGAAGAAUGUGAGAAGAGGGCCAAAGGAUUGGCAUACCACACUGCUUUGGAGAAGUGGAAUGAGGAUAAGUUGAGGGCAAAGGCAGAGGGGUGGAAAUUCAGUGAGGCAAAACCAGUCUUGGGAAAGUUGUGUGGCCCUAUUCCAAGGCCAGCACUGAAUGUGGUAUGCGAGGAGGAUGCAGCAUCUAGUGGUGGGGAAAGCUUUGAUCUUGAUGGUAUUUCAGAUGCCAGUGAUGAAGACCAGUUAAUGGACACUUACCCUCAUAAACCCAACAUGUUGAGGCAGCUGGCAGGUCCAUGGCGGCAGUCAAUAAUCUUUGUACAUGCACUGUAUCAGUAUUAG